AGAUAUGGCAAUGAACGACGAAGGAAGGUAGUUGGCGCAACUAUCUUCUAAAUUUAGAGGAAUUCACGCCUUUCGCUAUAUAAAUAGCGAGAGGACGAUUAUUCAUUGCGUUCGACACGACCCACGACAAUCGCCGCCGACGAAAACUACUCGAUCAUCAUGACCGGCCGACAGGAUGUUGCCCCUAUUUCUUCUGUCAAGGCAGAAAGUGUUCACAAAAACGUUCAUAAUUUCCAGGGCCAGGAAGAUGUAUUUCGAAGAGAAGAUUUACUGAAACAAGCCAGGCGUUCUGGGCAAACAUCCAAGUCUUCUAGGCCCCCAAUGGAGAUUUAUAGCCCCCGUAAGAUAAUCACCAAAAAUGGAUCAAAAGUGCAUUUUGCGGAGGGCAAUGUCAUCAAGAAAAGUUCUCCCCCUCCAUCAAAUUCACUACCUGUCGAGCUUAAAAGUGCUUUGAAGCGUUCCAAAAGUUUUACUGCUAAUGAACCAAAUGAAUUGGAUGUUAUAGGAUUUGAAAAAGAUGCUUUCCCUGUUGAAUUUCAAGGCUUAAUUCGUAGAGCUGUUCUUGAUCCAAACUCGUUGCCUUGCCAAAAGCUUAUGGAAUUAGUGCGCUUGAUUUGUAGUAAAGCUGUGGAACAUAUUCAGUACUCAGAACCAGCAGCAAGGCUUUGUUUCUCCAUUAUUGAAAAGGAGCAUGACCAUACCUUCCUUGAAAGUCUCCAGAACUGCUGCAGAGAAUGGUUCAAUGAGCGGGAUAAGUUGCUUCGCAUGCCCAUCUUGCUGUCGACCGGUACGACCACCUCGGGAUUGAGACGUUGGACCGCCUAUGUCUCUUUUCUCACCGAGCUCUAUUUUCGAGUCAAGAAUCAGCAUUGCCAAGUUGUUCCUCCGAAUGCCACUGGGAACAUGCCUGUUCAACUGAUUGGGCCUCAUCCUAACUCUCCGAUGGCUCACUUAGCCUUGACCCUUCAGACGUUGCUAUUUGAGUGUGCUAACAUCAUAUUGAAACCUCCGUCCCUCAAUAGCGAGGCUGAAGUGGAUGUCCUUCGUAAAAUGUUGGUUUCGGUUGGUAAGCAGCUAGAAGCAGAUGCAACGAUGCGUAUGCAGCAUCUGGUGGUCAACUUACAUGAUGCCUUUGUGAAUCCGUCCAUUAAUGCACAUAUUCGUAAGACACUCCUUGAAAUUAUUGAACUUCAUGCUAGUGACUGGCAGCUGGAUCUGCCACAAGCCGUAUAUUAUUUCCCUUACACCAGGCUUUGAUGAACUGCAGUUAUGUUUUGUUCUACUCGUAGGUUCUUUGAAACACCCCUUUUGUGAUGCUUUUUCCAUACUUGCCAACAGUACUGUUUUUAACGGGAGACUCCCGUUUUUUUUGCUUUUAUCUUCCGUUUUCCCGUUGUUUAAGAUUUUCUCCCGUUUUUUCCGUCAAUUGUCAAAAGUUUCACUUUCUUCUCAAUAGAUAGCGCCCUUUUCUAGUCUGUCAGGGAAUAAGAUUUUUUCCAAUUUAUCACUCAUUUAGUAAAAAUUAAUUUUUUGGAAGCUUUCUUCAUUGUAUUUUCAAUGAAGCACAUGCUGUGCCGAAUAUUGCAGCAGAUUUCAAUCCUUUUGCAUCUUGAAAAUAUUUCAAUUAUUUUGGUAGUUUGCAGAUAUUUUAACAUGUGCUACCUGAUACCUACUAAUUUCAUAUUUUAUUUUCAUUAUAUAUUGAUUAAAAAAAAUUUUUGUUUUUGGA